UUUUUUUUCGGGAAGAAAGGAAUCGAGCGGAUGAUUUUUUUGUCGUCGAGCAGGGACCCGGACGACAUGGACAUCUACAGCGCGGGUUUCCUGGAACCACCGGUGGCGAGCGACGCCUUGAUCGGCAGGACCCUCGCCUGCUACGUGGCCGAGGGCUUCCGUCGUCUCAAGUACGGUGAUCGCUUCUUCUUCACGCACGCCGGGCUCCCGAACAGCUUCACUCCCGAGCAGGUCCAGGUCAUCGCGAACAGAAAGCUGGGAGACGUCAUCUGUGACAAUUCCGUGGCCACUUCCCUUCAACCGUUGGUCAUGCGCCCUGCCGGAGCCGGGAACUCGCCGGUGUCGUGUGCCUCCAGACCUCCCAUGGACCUCACGCCGUGGCAAGAAUCCGACUAAAAACCGUGGAAACCCUCCUUUGCGAGCCCAAUAAACUUGGUUUCGUCACGAUAUCGAAAG